GACUUCGCCUAAUUAGCUCAUGUGUGUUUUCCAAUGUGCUGGUUGCAGAAUGAAUAUUUUAACCUGCUGACCCACUUAGAAGAGUUCUGUAUGCCUAGAUAAAGGUCAGAGGGGGCGUGACUCACCUGUGAGGAGUGUGUUGUCACCACCAACUCUGGGCAGGACAGUCCCACCUGCGGUGUCCCAAUUUCCACGGCAGAGGCACAGUUGGCCCGGAUUGGCCGCGCUGGUUCCCCGCCCUGCCACGGAUUGGCCAAGCCUUCCGUCUCCUCUCUCUCAUCUUCCUGGGCCACCUGCACUGCCCGGCUGCAGCUCCUCCACACUGACCACAGAGGGACCGGAGGAUGCCCACGCAUCAGCACUUGGUCGAUAAGAUGAGGAGACCCUCCUGCUUUGUUUUUUUCUUCUGUGGGGUAUUUUUGCCUGGAAUCCUCAGUUUUCCACAGACAAACACCUCAAUCGAUUGUGAUUCUCUGUUACCAAACUAUGAAACUGAACCACAGACAUCUGCACCACCAUAUAUUAUUGCUGUAUCUUUUGAUAACUUUGAGCCAGGAAAUGAAAUCCAAGUGACUCUAGAAGCACUUGGAGAAGCUGGUUUUAAAGGAUUUAAUCUACAAGCUCGAGAAAUAGAUGGAGAUACUCCUGUUGGUACUUUUAAAAUUACAGAUCCAAACACCAAAGGCUUGGAAUGUCAUAAUAUGACGAAUUCAGCAAUAAGUCAUGCAAAUUCAGAUGUGAAACAGAAAGUUACAACAACAUGGAUUGCUCCGCAUGAUGUUGGAGAGCUUCAAUUUAUUGCAACCGUUGUUCAAAAUCUAGAGAAUUUUUGGGUUGGAAUUCAAAGCAAAACUCUCACACCUACACAUUCUGAGUCAGUUAAUGGGACAGGAAAAAGUAAAAGGAAGCUUAUGAUAGAAGUAGAAUGUAACAAGCGUGGAGGGACUUACACAACACAAGGCCGAUGCAUCAUGGUUGGACCUUCAGGUUCCUCUCAGAGCAGCUAUUCAGGCAGUCAGGGUGGAGUAGUCUACACGAUAAGCAGCAGUGGAUGUGGCCCUGGAGGUGCUGCUGGUACAUAUGGUCAACAUGCCUGCAGAGACAGUGCAUCUUCAUCCGGCAUUUCCUAUGGCCAGGGUGGGCCAAGUUUCUCGGGCAGCAGCAGUUCCUAUGGCCAGGGUUCCCAAGGCAGCCAGUCCUAUGGCCAGGGCUACCAGCCUCAAGCUGGUAGUUCCUAUGGACAGCAGGGUGGAUCUUCUUCAGGUGGUAGCAGUGGUUGUGGACAAGGUGUUUCAUAUGAUAGCAAUCCCUGCCACCAGGGUGGAUCACAGGGUGGAUCACAGGGUAGUCAGGAUGGAUCAUACUCACAAAACUAUGGUGGUAGCCAACAGAGUGGAUCAUCAUCCUCACAAAAUUAUGGUAGCAACCAGGAUGGAUCCUACUCACAAAACUAUGGUGGUGGCCAAGGUGGAUCAUCCUCCUCAGACACCUAUUAUGAUAAUCAGGAUUCACAAUAUUCCUCAGACGAUAAUCCCAAUGCUUGUGAUGAUAAUGACACUACUUACAGUGCCAAGAGUCGGGGUUCUGGUUGUGCAAAGAAGAAAGUUCUUGUUGCCCGAGAUACAUCACAUGUUUUAAGCAGAAGAGCCUAUGAUGUACAGAAUGUAUCUUCUCCUUCAAACAGCAGCCACGCUGAUGUCCAGGGUGGAUCAUUUAUUGCAACCAGUGGUGGAUCAAGUAAUCAGGGUGGUUGCAUUUGUCCUGAUGGAAGCAGUGGUCAUAGACAGGGCGGCCCAGGUUCUUCCCACAGUUCUUACUCCGGUAACCAGGGAGGGUCUUCCUACUAUCCUGGUGGAUCCUACGGACAGGGAGCCCCAGGUUAUCCACACAGCACAUAUUCUGGUAACCAGGAAGGGCCUUUCUUCUAUCCCGGAGGAUCCUAUGGACAGGGUGGCCCAGGUUCUUCCCACAGUUCUUACUCCGGUAACCAGGGAGGGUCUUCCUACUAUCCUGGUGGAUCUUACGGACAGGGAGGGUCUUCUGUUUAUGAUGGUAGCAGUGAAUCCUAUGGUCAGGGUGGAUCUUCCGCAUAUAGUGGUGCUGAGUCUUAUGGCCAGGAUUCACCUUCCAUAGGAGGCAGUGAAACUGCUGAGAGUGAUUCCUCCUCACCAUCUGGUAGCCGCCAGAGUGAACGGGAUUUUUAUUCCCCAGGAGGCAGCCAGUCAGGUGGACAUGGAUCAUCUUCUCAAGGUGGUGGCUACUCAAGUGGACAGGACUCAUCGUCAUCUGGAAGCAGCCAGUAUGGUGGGCAGGGUUCAUCUUCUUCAGGAGGCAGCCAGCCUGGUGGACAGGGUGCAUGUGAUUGUUCUGGGGGAAGUUCUGGUGGAUCCCCUACCUUAGUCAGAAGUGAUGCCUCUGCAAAUGAUUCAUCUUCUUCUGGAGGCAGCCAGUACAGCAGCCAAGAUUCAUAUUCCUCAGGAGCUAGCCAGUAUGGAGGACAUGGGCCAUCUUCUUAUGGAGGCAGCCAAUAUGGUGGACAAGGUUCGCCUUCCUCAGGAGGCAGCCAAUAUGGUGGACAGGGUUCACCUUCUUCAGGAGGCAGCCAGUAUGGAGGACAGGGUCCAUAUUUCCCAGGUGGCAGCCAUUAUGGAGGACAGGGUGUGGCUUCUUCAGGAAGCAGCCAGUACAGUGGACAGGGCUUUUCUUCAGGAGUCAGACAGUCUGGUGGACAGGGUGGGUGUGUGUGCCCCGGUGGAGGUCCAGGCUCUUUCGGAGGAGCCAACUAUGCUGGUGGACAGGGUUCAUCAUAUUCUGGAAGCAAUCAGUAUGGUGGACAGGGAUCUUAUCCCUCAGGAAGCAGCCAGUAUGGUGGGCCGGGCUCAUAUUCUUCUGGAGGCAGACCACAUGGUAAACCAGGUUCAUCUUCCUCAGGAAGCAGUCAUCAAGGAAAGCCAGGUGGCUCUGGCUCAGGAAGCACUUAUUCUGGAAAACAGUCACCUUCCUCUGGAGGCAGUCAAGUGAGCUCUGCUGGGAAACACUCCACUCCCCAACUCCUGAUGUUAUUCAGUGUUUUGAGUGCCUUUGCUCUCUCUGCUGCUACAUCAAAAUGGUCUAUAUGAACCUCCGAAGAGCUGUUUGACAACCUAAACAUGGAUUAUAUUCCAUAUUAUUAGAUUAAUUACUUAAUGUAAGAAAAAAAAUACCCUUAAGUCAAAUUGUCAGAUGCUACUUGGCUGUUAUGUUGCAUGUCUAGCUGAUAUGUCAUGCCUCUCAUUAGUUUACCUCUGGUUUUAGUCAUUAGUAGAUAUCACUAGUUUUGUCAGUGUUUUAGGCAUCAUUUUAAGAGAGCAUAUUGUACCCUACCUGUAUGAUUUAUUUUUAUUUCUGAUAGGGAAUGCGAUGAACACCUGCCUGAAAUGAUUGGUGUGACAAAUGAACACUUAGAAAGUAUUUGGUUAUUAACCAAAGUGGACGAGGUCAAAUAAAUUGUUAUAGAUGCAAACUGA